ACCAAUCAGAACCUUGUGGUGGACCUGCCAGUCCGGAGAGGAGGCGGGACCUUCCGGGUGUCUCGCGGCAGCUUUAGUUUAUGUAGCUGAGCAGGCUUGAAAAGUUCUGUUUUUUUUCUGAGCGCCGCUGCUGAGUGCUGUGAAGGAAGCUCUGGCAAGUUCCUAAUUCACGACAUGAUCUACUCCUCCAACCCCUUUUCAGAAUAGGGCAGGCCUCCAAGAAAGCACAAGGAAACAAGAACAAGAUACAAAAAGACAAGGCAAUAGACUUCAUAUUGACACUGUACAAGGCAACCUGAUAAGAGGAAAAAGAGUCUUAGAAGCAGAGUGGAAUGACCUAUGAUGAUGUGCAUGUAAAUUUCACUGGAGAAGAGUGGGCUUUGCUGGAUCCUUCCCAGAAGAAGCUCUACAAGGAUGUGAUGCUGGAAACCUACAGAAACCUCACUGCUGUAGGUUACAGUUGGGAAGACCACAAUUAUAUUGAACAUUUUCAACAUUCUAGAAGACAUGGAAGGCAUGAAAGAAGUCAUACUGCAGAAAAACCUUCUGUGUAUACUCAGUGUGGUAAAGUGUAUGCAUAUCACAGUCAUCCUGAAAAACAUGACAGAAUGAAUACUGGAGAGAAACUCCAUGAAGGUAUUCAACAUGGUAAAGCCUUUGCACAUCAUCACUUUCAAAGGCAUGAAAGAAUUCAAACCGGAGAGAAACCUUAUGAAUGUAAUCAAUGUGGUAAAGCCUUUGCACAUCGUAGUUACCUUCGAAAGCAUAAAAGAAUUCAUAUUGGAGAGAAACCCUAUGAAUGGAACCAAUGUGGUCAAGCCUUUCCAUGUCAAGGUAAUCUCCAAAUACAUAAAAGGACACAUACAGCACCAAAACCCUAUGAAUGUAAUCAAUGUGGUAAAGCCUUUAGGCGGCACAAUAGUCUCCAAGUACAUAAAAGAACACAUACAGGAGAGAAACCCUACAAAUGUGAUCAGUGUGAUAAAGCUUUUUCACAACAAGGUCAUCUCAGAAUACAUAAUAGAACACAUACUGGAGAGAAACCUUAUGAAUGUAAUCAAUGUGGUAAAGCCUUUGCAGUUCACAGUACUCUCCAAAUACAUAAAAGGACACAUACUGCAGAGACACCCUAUGAAUGUAAUCAAUGUGGUAAAGCCUUUAGGCGGCACAAUACUCUACAAAUACAUAAAAGAACACAUACUGGAGAGAAACCCUACAAAUGUGAUCAAUGUGAUAAAGCCUUUUCACAACAAGGUCAUCUCAGAAUACAUAAAAGAACACAUACUGGAGAGAAACCUUAUGAAUGCAAUCAGUGUUGUAAAGCUUUUGCACGCCAUAGUCAUCUUCAAAUUCAUGAAAGAAUCCAUACUGGAGAGAAACCUUACAAGUGUAAUCAAUGUGAUAAAGCCUUUUCACAAUAUGGUGGUCUUCAAAUACAUAAAAGCACACAUACUGCCGAGAAGCCCUAUGAAUGUAAUGAAUGUGGUAAAUCUUUUUCACAACACAGUUAUCUCCGAACACAUAAAAGAACACAUACUAGAGAGAAACCCUAUAAAUAAGCAAUAUAACAAAGCCUUUGUGUGUAGUCUUAGAAAUCAAGGAACCUUAUAAAUAUAGUCAGUAUGGUAUAAUUUUGCACUUCAUAGCAUCGUUAAACAAGAGUAAAACCUUUGGUGUUAUCAAUCUGUUACAGUCUUUGCCCAUCAUAGUAAUUUUGAGUGCUGAUGAAACUCAUACUGAAUGGAAUCUAUGACUAUAAAGAAUUUGGUAAGAUAUUUAGCCAAUACAUUUACAUUAGGUUACAGAAAAUUAUUCAGGGGAAUAAAUCUGACAAGUUUCAACGACUUAUUCAAGAAUUAUGCCCCUCUAUUAUGCCCUGAUGAUCUGGAAGAAAUAUAUGAUUGAUUGCAUCAGAAGUAUCUGAGGCCUUGGCACUUUAAAGAAGUUUCAGAGUCCAAAUCUCUACAAAAUGAAGAAGAGUGAAAAGAAAGAUCAGGAGAGAAACUGACAAGACAUAAAAAGUAGCUAAACAUUUGACCAAUGCCACAAAGCAGUUUAUGUCAAAUGUGGUCAAAAGACAGCAGUGGGAGCCAUGUCCAAGGAAACAUGUGCAUUGUAUGCCUGCUGGAGUUUAUGUCUCUCAUAACGAGAGAAAGAAAUUUGACUUGUCUGAGCAGGAUGGUAUUCUGUUUCACUGAAGCCUGUAAAAUUCUGUUAGGAGGAUGUCAGGAGAUCCUGAGACUUAAACAGAAGUCAGUCAGUCUAAGACUGGGGCAGUCAUGCCUUUACAAAGAGCUGUGCAAGAUAUGGAAGAGCUAUGAUGGGGAGAGCUUUGGGUAUGAAAGCCAAAGGAUCAGAAGACUAGAGGGCAAUGGUCAGGGUGUACCUGAGGACAAGCUGGCUCUUUCUGUACUCUCUGUAUCCACUUAGCUGUGGUGGGUCAGUCCCUCCAAGUCUUCCACUCAUUCCUUAUUCUUAACAACUACAGUGUAGCUGCCAGAAAGAGCACUGUGCUCCUUUCCUGGCAAUCCUCCCCCAUUCAUUAAUCCAUGUAACCUGCUUCCCUGGGGAGACUAAGGAUAGUCCAAAGAGACAUAUCUUUUCCUUUGGCUAGCAAUUAGUGAAAGAGUGGACUGCAUGAAAUUCAAAUUUCCUGAAUAGUCACAUUUCUGGUAAGAUUGAGUCCUUCAGAGAAAUAUGCUUCUGCUGAAGAGAUAUUUGCACACUGCAGGAGAGAGGAGCUAAGAAUGGGUUUAAGGGAUUGCUAGAAAAUUCUUAUACAGCUUGGAUGGAUUAUUUACUUUGCAUCAAUCUCUUUCCUUCUACCUAAAUAUGUUAUUACCCUCAAGGGUUGAAUAGUUUGCUUCUAUCAUUGUCAUUAUUCCAAUUUAGUCCCAUUCAAUAAAUACCAUGUUUCUAAUUUUCAUGAUAAA